ACGUCCAGCAGAGGACGGCAUUUCGUUGAAAAUUAGAGCAUCACUCACGCACCAGUGUUAAAAUGACAAUAAAUUGAACUCAAUUUGCAUGCCUUUUAUCGAUUUUACUGAAUAGAUCCAAUAUUCUUACAGUGAUGAACUUUGCAUUCAUUGACUUCCUCCUAUAAUCCACGAGGAGCAGCAGGCUAGAUCUACACAUCCCACUCCAGCCUUCAUUCAUUUGCGCGCCGAUGCGCCACUGGAAACAGGUCCUCCCUGGUCCUAUUCCCUUACGGGAUUAACCGGAAAGCGAUCGAUUCGGUGGAUCAAAUCGAUCAGCAAGCCAAACGCGACGCGGUAAAUGACCGUUGAAACCACUAGUCCUCCACACGACUGACAGCGUGUCCGUAUCAGGCCUACCAAAGACGGCGGGAAAACCACACUAAGUCAGAUCGCCAACGAUGGACUUUGUGAAGACGUCGGUGUACCUCUGCGUCGCUUUGUGCUCAGCACGGGCUCUCUUCCAACGCACACACACAGACAACAUCCUCUUCGCGCGUUCAGCCCUCAGGCUGCUAGACCCGCCCAUCAGGUUCGAGCCAUGUUGUCUGAUGUCGCCGCCUCCACCUCCGCUGUUCCCUCCGCCUCCCAUGUUGUGGAAGCAUGGGAACCCUGGUGACAAUGGCCUCCUAGUGCCAGGUAUUGGUAAGGGACCGGGCCAUGAAGGACCCACAGCGGUGGUCCCUGGUUGUGCUGCCGGACCACCAGGCCCACCAGGUCCGGAGGGCCACAGCGGAAUGCCCGGCAUCAGAGGACCCAAAGGAGACAAGGGGGAGAUUGGUCGUCCCGGGUUAAAGGGUCGCACUGGGGCCCCUGGGCUCCCAGGGAAACCUGGUGUGCAGGGACGGCUCGGUCUUCCGGGGCCCGAAGGAGAGAAGGGCGACCCAGGACUCAUGGGCUUACCUGGACCUAGAGGACCAGCAGGGCUUAAGGGAUUCCCCGGUUCCAAUGGAGAGAGGGGGGCGCGUGGGACCCCUGGAGCAAUGGGACCCAAAGGGGACAAAGGGUCCGUUGGAUUGACUGGGAUGCUGGGACAGAAGGGUGAGAUGGGGACUAAGGGGGAGGAAGGUGUCCCAGGAAGGAGAGGGCCUACCGGACGACCCGGAAAGAGAGGAAAACAGGGCACCAAGGGCCAUGCGGGGGCCCCGGGCCGUUUGGGGCCCCCAGGCCCACAGGGCCCCCUGGGCCGUCCAGGCCCCCCCGGUCCACCUGCCUCAGCGCUCUACGUGGUGGGGGAGAAGGGAGACUCGGGGCCCCCCGGCCCCCCGGCUGUCUGUCGCUGUGACCCCGCUCCGGGGGUGAGCAGCGCCCCGUUCAGCAGCUACACACGGCACGACAACUACCACAAAGUCCCAGCAAUAUAUGUAGUGAGCAGUGAGGAGGAGCUGACCAACCUACAAGUAGACAACGCUUUAGCUCUCCGGAAGGAUCAGAGGUCACUCUACUUUAGAGACAAAGAUGGAUGGAAGCCAAUACAGCCCUUCCAUCCCUUCCAGUCCACAGAGAAAGUCCCCGAGCAGCUGGGCGUGUGUGGGGACGGGAGGGUCCAGGCCACCCAGGGAGAGGAGUGUGACGACGGCAACAAGGUCGUCACCGACGCCUGUCUCAACUGCAAGUGGGCCUACUGCGGGGACGGCUAUCGGCACGAGGGCAUGGAAGAAUGUGACGGGAAGGACUUUGGUUACCAGACGUGCAAGUCCUACCUUCCUGGGUCCUUUGGACAGCUGAGAUGCACCGAGGCCUGUGUGAUGGACUCCACCGGCUGUAAGUACUUCACCUGAGAGAGGAGCCCAGCUGGUGCCUCCACACGGCAGCUACCCUGAGUCGGCUGCAUGUCCAGACCUCCCCUCAUGCUUUUGGGCUUCAGACCUCUUCCUCUUACCACUGAAGGCACAGCCCGGAAGACAACUGGUGCCAUUCCUUCAGGGGGUGGGAGGGGGGGCUGGGAAUUUAACUAAGGACUAAGGAGUGUACCUGAUCACUGACCUCUUUGGAGUCCUCCUGGUGGCUGCAGCACUGUUAUGACGACCAUGGUUGUGUUUGACAUGUUUUUAAUAAGGUUUGGUUUUAAUAGCAACCGGUCGAGAUGUCAAAUGGCUGGCUGACUGUUACUGAAGUUGCGCUUGAUGAAGAAAUAACAGAUAUGUAGCAAGAGACCAUUGUAAAUGGCAGCAUUUUUAGUGGCAUUUUUGAGUGGCGACGAUGUUAGCAGUGGUAAUAUGGUGCACUGAGAAUACAAUUCAGGGGUGUGUACAUAUGAUUAUAUCUGAACAAUUUAGAUAUCAAACAUAAUAUAUUGAUUAACUGUAAAUGUGUGUAACUGCAGUGGAGCAGUGAAUGCAUGUGUGGUGAUGUGGGGACCCUAGCAUAUUCCUAUUAACUGUAUGCAUUAAGAAUAUAAGCAAUGUUCUAACAUUUACUCACUUAUGGACCUAUUUAAAUUACUGUUAUAAUUGUUGAGGAUAAACAGGACAUAUUACUAGGCAAGCAUGCGUGUAUAUAUGUUUGUAUGUGUGUAUCUGUUUGGAUUUUUACAUUAAAUAAAUACUGAAAUACGGAGAUUUGUUAGCCUAGGAACUGAAUGUCCGUUUAAAAAGAAAAAUUGAAUUGGCGAACUCCUAAUAAACUUGAUUAACGUGUA